AUCCAUGUACGAGGGUAAAAUCAGAUUCAGAUCGCACUGACGCUGAAAUCCAACAUCGAUUUAUUAUUCCGAUUCCCAAACUUUGAUUCUCUAAGAGCUCUCCCUCACCGCCACCAUUCAUCGUCGCAGCCGUCAUAAAUUUCUCAAUUCAGGAGUUGUUGAGGUGGGAAGAUCAAGAUGGGAGCUUUCAUAUCCAAGUUCUGGUUCAUGAUGUUUCCUGCAAAGGAGUACAAGAUUGUGGUUGUAGGGCUGGAUAAUGCUGGCAAAACGACGACACUGUACAAGCUCCACCUCGGGGAUGUUGUCACCACCCACCCUACUGUUGGCAGCAAUGUUGAGGAGCUUGUCUACAAGAAUAUACGCUUUGAGGUCUGGGAUCUUGGUGGACAAGAGAGACUCAGAACAUCAUGGGCAACGUAUUAUCGUGGAACUCAUGCUGUUAUUGUGGUGAUAGACAGCACUGAUAGAGCCAGGAUUACCAUUAUGAAGGAUGAACUCUUCAGGUUGCUUGGGCAUGAGGAUCUACAAAAUUCCGUUAUUCUGGUCUUCGCAAAUAAACAAGAUCUCAAAGACGCAAUGACACCAGCUGAGAUCACUGACGCCCUUUCUCUUCACAACAUCAAAAAUCAUGAUUGGCACAUUCAAGCCUGCUGUGCGCUUACAGGAGAUGGGCUGUACGAUGGUCUAGGGUGGAUCGCCCAACAUGUUACUGGGAAAGCACAGAGUUGAAAAAAAGUAUAUCUGGUUCAAUUUUCACAUAUUUAUGGAUUUGAAGGAUGAGAGAAACCCAAGCAACUUUUGUGUACCAUCUGCUGUAAAAAAGCUGUUUCUUACUAAAUUUCUAGAUUGUUUUCACAGUUCAGUUUGCAUGAAUGCCAUGUCCUACACAAUGAAACAUUUCAUUUAACAUUUGAGAAAGAAGAAAAUGUUGCCAUAAAU